AUGAAGAUCACGGAAAAAUUGCAAAAGGCAGAAAAGGAAGGCAGGACUUUUUGGAGUUUUGAGUUUUUCCCUCCUAGGACUGCUCAGGGUCUGCAAAACCUCUUUGACCGGAUAGAGCGAAUGCGUAACCUUGGUCCAGAAUUUAUAGAUAUUACGUGGGGUGCUGGAGGAAAAAACGCGGAUUUGACCAACUCCCUCGUGCAAGUAUGUCAAGAAACCAUUGGAAUUGAAACUUGUAUGCAUUUGUGUUGUACUGAGAUGCCAAAGGAAAAAGUUGAGUGGGCUUUACAGCAAGCUAAACAACAUGGAUGUCAAAACAUUCUCGCACUUCGAGGAGAUCCAGUAGCGGGUACAUCAAAGUGGGAGCCUACACCUGGAGGAUUCAUGAACGCUGUUGAUCUCGUAAAACACAUCCACAAAUAUUACCCAGACGAUUUUUGCGUUGCAGUAGCUGGAUUCCCACAAGGACACCCCGAAACACCCGAAGGUGAAGAUGCCAAAGUUCAAGAGAUCAAAUGGUUAAAAGAGAAAGUCGAUGCGGGAGCAGAAUUCAUUUUCACCCAAUUAUUCUACGAUACCUCAAUAUUCUUUGAUUGGGUUAAAAGAGUGAGAGAAGCAGGUAUAAAAGUACCGAUCGUACCUGGAAUCAUGCCAAUUCAAAAUUGGGAAAAAUUCGAAAAAUGGGUUCAGAGAGAAAACAUAAUUGUACCACCUCAUUUCUACGAAGCUUUAAGACCUGUAAAAGGUGAUGAUGAAAAAGUCAGACAAGUUGGAACUAAAUUAGUCGCUCAAAUGUGUAAAGAAAUCCUUGCAAACGAACAAGCUGGAAUCAAAGGUUUACAUAUUUAUACAUUAAAUUUGGAAAAAGGUGCUAGAAUGUUACUUCAAGAAUUACAAUUGGAAGGUAGAAGAGAACAAAUCGCUCCUUUACCUUGGAGACCUUCUUUAACACCUCACAGAAGAGGAGAAAGUAUCAGACCUAUCUUCUGGGCGAAUCGGGUUCAAUCAUACUUGUCUAGAACCGAUGAAUGGGACGAAUUCCCUAAUGGACGGUGGGGAGACUCACGAUCUCCUGCUUACGGUGAUUUGGACGGUUAUCCGGUUUCAAUCAACAUCAACCCAACGGACGCUCACAACCUGUGGGGACAUCCUACCGCCUUCUCUGAGAUUUGUGGAUUAUUUGCUCGAUUCUGUAGAGGUGAUCUAGCCAAACUCCCUUGGUCUUCUCAACCUGCAGCAUCAGAAACCUCCGUCAUUGAUGAACAAUUAGCCAAAAUGAAUGAAAUGGGUUAUCUGACUAUCAACUCUCAACCGGCUGUCGAUGGUGUAAGGAGUGAUGACAAAGUACAUGGAUGGGGACCUGCAGGAGGAUAUGUCUAUCAAAAAGCAUAUCUUGAGUUCUUCGUUUCUCCUGAAUUACUGAACCCCUUGAUACGACGAAUUGAACGAGAUCCCCGAAUCACCUAUUACGCAGUAAACAAGCAAGGCGAUUUGAGAACAAACACUCAUAGUGAAGGUCCAAAUGCCGUUACUUGGGGUGUCUUCCCAGGAAAAGAGAUAGUACAGCCGACAAUCGUCGAAGCUGUCUCUUUCAUCGCGUGGAAGGAUGAAGCUUUCGAAUUAGGUUUACAAUGGGCCAACCUAUACCCACCCGCUUCACCCUCUCGAGAGUUGAUCGAGAACACCAUGAACACCUCUUAUCUUGUCAACAUCGUAGCGAACGAUUUCAGAGAUGGAAUGUCAAUCUUCGAACCGUUCUUGCUGGAACUAUCAUCUGUCGGUAAAGUCGUGGAUACUGUUCAACAUACCUUGAAUGGUGUAGUAUCGGGCGCGAACGGAGUGGUCGAGAGCGUCAAGCAUGCUGUUGGGGUAAACGGUAAUGGCGCCAGCAAUGGACUGGUAGUUAAUGGUCAUUAG